AUGUUGAUUGGAAUUAGUGGAACAAUAUCCUCUGGCAAGGCUGAGGUUGUGCGUUAUCUCACUUUUCAAGGGUUUGAGAUAAUCCAAUUGGCAUCUUCGUCGUUCUCCAUUUCAACUAAGGCAAAGAAUUUCGAUGUCCACAAACUGUUUGAGACGAUUGAUGAGCUCGUCGACUUCGUCACCUUGAACUGGCGACGCAACUUUGUCAUCAGCCACAUGGAUAACCCUGAUUUGGUUGAUAUCCUCCACAAACGACCGUUUUUCUUGCAAGUUCUGGUUGAUGCUCCCAUCAAGAUGCGCUAUGAGCGGUUCGUCGCCUCGGGAGCCAGCUGCACACUAGAGGAGUUCAUCAAGCUUGACGACGACCUUCUUUACUAUGGCAAGACGCCGUUGAUUCAGAUCAUUCAUCAAGCUCACGUGGAUAUUGUCAACACCAGUGCGUCGGUGCGAGACCUUUACGUUAAGCUUCUGGAGCUCAAUUUGCUAGACAAGGAGAGACUCCGUCCCACCUGGGAUCUGUACUUCAUGCGAUUGGCCGACUUAGCCGCCUUGAGAUCUAAUUGUAUGAAGCGUCGGGUGGGGGCGGUCAUUGUGAGACUGCUGAGAGUGGUAGCCACCGGGUAUAAUGGUACCCCGCGCCAUCUAACCAAUUGUAACGAAGGAGGGUGUGAUCGGUGUAAUAAAGGGCCGGGUCUGGGAGCGGGCUUGAGUACCUGUCUUUGUUUACACGCGGAAGAGAACGCUUUACUAGAGGCCGGUCGCGACCGUAUCGGGGAGGAUCUGGUGCUCUACUGCAACACAUGCCCGUGCUUGACUUGCAGCAUCAAGAUCGUACAAAGCGGGAUCAAGGAGGUGGUUUAUGCGCAAAGCUAUCUGAUGGACGAGGCCACGCAUCGGGUCAUGAAGGAAGCGAAGGUGGUGCUCAGGCAAUUUCAGCCGCCACGCGACGAAUUGUUUGUUUAG